AUGGCUGUUGUUGCAGAUAUGAUACGGGAUGUCAAUAAUUUUUUAAAUAAAUAUCAAGAUCCUAGGACUGCUGAUUGGCCUCUGAUGUCAGGUCCAUUUCCUACAUUAGUGAUAUGUCUUUCAUAUGUAUAUAUAGUUAAGGUAUUAGGACCAAAGUUCAUGGAAAAUAGGAAGCCUCUUAACUUAAAGAAUACCCUUAUUGUUUAUAAUUUUGCCCAGGUUAUAUUUAGUAUAUGGAUAUUUUAUCAAAUUGGUAUGGGGGGAUGGUUUACAGGGGAAUAUAGCUUGAGGUGUCAGCCAGUAGAUUAUUCCAAUAAACCAAGUACAAUAAGAAUGGUACACGCAUCAUGGUGGUACUUUUUCUCGAAAUUCACAGAAUUCUUCGAUACAUUUUUCUUUGUACUAAGGAAGAAAAAUGAUCAUAUUUCAACUCUGCACGUAAUUCAUCAUGGAGUUAUGCCAAUGUCAGUGUGGUUUGGAGUAAAAUACACACCAGGUGGCCACAGCACAUUCUUUGGCUUUAUCAACACUUUUGUUCAUAUUAUUAUGUACACGUACUAUAUGUUGUCCGCGAUGGGACCACAUAUGCAGAAAUAUCUAUGGUGGAAGAAAUACCUUACAGCAUUCCAAAUGGUACAAUUCGUUGCUAUCAUGGUCCACGCUUUCCAACUUCUCUUCACCGACUGCAACUACCCUAGAGCGUUCGUGUGGUGGAUAGGCAUGCACGCUGUCAUGUUCUUCUUCCUCUUCAAAGAGUUCUACAACCAAACCUAUUCCAGAAAAAUGAGAAGUAAAGAGCUCAACGGUAAAGCCAAAACUCAAAACGGCCACCAGAACGGUUACACCAACGGCCACACAAAUGGCGUCCAUAAAAAUGGAGUUAGUAAAGUUAGUGAAUACUACGUUAACGGUACAACUGAAAUCCACCAGAGGAUAAAGUCAUAG